AUGGACAACAUGGUGGAGAAACACAUCAAGGUUCUAGCGAUUGGUGAUGAAGAUUGGCAGAUAGGUGGGAAAAAAUAUAAUGAAUGGGGUGCACGGAAAGAACAAUGGAAGCAUGACUCGAAAGAGAGAACAGGAUACAAGACUAAGAAAUGCAAAUACCACGGCAACAUGAUUGACCUGAGUAUUUUCGAAUACCAGGUGCCAGACGAUGAAGACGACGUCCCUUCUAUUCAAGACACUAUUACACUGCGUUUCACUGCCCAACUCAGCGCCCAGCUUCAUGCUCAACUCAAACACGACCGCGGUCGCGUCCAGCUGUGGUCCGACCUACCUUCCCUUGCCCAUACAUCCGGCGGUAACUGGUGUGAAUUCGACUUCGAGGAGACAAUUGUUGAUGACUCGCCCAAUCGCAAUGCCGUAAAGAUGUCUCUUACUGCGAGUCCCAACUCCUUGCACACGACCACCGAACACUUCCUAACUCUUCAGGUUGCAAUACCCACUGCGAUCCGAUCUCAACAAGUCCAAUGCUCGUUCACCUAUAGAUUGGUUUACCCAUCUGGCGAGGUGAAAUGGCUGGGACUGUUUGGUCAAAACGGGACCUUGGUGCUAACCCGGGCACAUGACUUGGACCCAUCAACGAACACUCUUUUUUUGUUGGAUGGAUGGAAGUCAACGAUCGGAAAUACGCGCGAAUAUUAUGCAUCAGGGAGCGAAUCCACGCCAGUGGAGAUUGCGAGGUUUGCCCCAAUGGACUAUCGCGUCUGGGCCUUUGGGAGCGAGAGGCUUCUUUCCGAGCCAAAAAAUGCCUCGAUGUUAUUUCUCGUGCCGUGUCAACGGGAUGAUCAUUCCAUGGUUGUCUCCCCAACUUAUACUGUGACCGCUUCCCCAGGGACUCUCCUGGACGUCUCGUUUACAGGCAGCAUCACGCACUCUUCUUCUCAACCCAGCACAGUAUCGCUCCAAACACGCGGCAGUAGCGAAGACCCAACUACCUUCUUGAAGAGAGUCCUCGACAAUACCAAUAUACGCCUUCUCGCCUACGUCGAGACUCAUGCAAUUCUUGGGUCGGUUCAGGAUCAAAUUCCCGUCCAAGUCGCCAUAAUUCCCAUGGAAACUAGGAAACUAAGCAACCAAAUCAGCCUUGAUCUCGCCGACCUGGCCUGUACUCUACCUUCCGAUGCGACCGAUUUUUCCAUCUUUUCGCCCCUCAGCCUGGAUAUCCGUUUUUUAACAUUGCCUCUUUCUGAGAAUGGAACCCUCUCAUUUGAAAUAGAUUCAACUGGAAGCGACUUUUUGCUCAGUCCCGUUCACAGCUUCUUCCCCACCAAAAGCUCGACGACAAACGGGUUUUGGAAAAUGACAAUUUUAUGUCCACACAAGCCAUCCAUCAAGCCACUCAGAGAUCUCGAUAUCCUUCCCACUCCUCCCCCUUCCCCCCGCCGACGACCUAUUGUCAAGCCAUCAGUUUCUUUUGCUCCAAUUGAUACUGUGAUAACUCCGCUGCCAUCGCGAGUUUCAGACGUGGGCUUUUCACCCCGUGAACGCGAGCGCUAUCUCUUUCCCAACGAUUCUCCCACUUUAUCUGGAUGGAUGACACGUCCCAACAAAGAGCCGCCCCGAGAGAGUAUUUAUAGCCUUAUCAAAUACCUUUGCGCUACUUUUGGCGUAUUCGUAUCAGUGCUCUAUCGCCUAUUUGGAGGUUUCAUCCCAGACAUAGACUCGGAUCAGGAAGAGACUGACGAUGAAGCGGACGGAGAUUGUGUCGUCAAUCCUGAUGACGAGGAAGGCUCGCAUGACGAUAUCGUUGUGGUAGAUUCGGACCCCUUCGUUCCCAGUGCGGUUGUCUCUCCCACUCAGUCAAUUGGUUCGACACAAGACACGUCACAGGAUGGUGACAACACUAGGCAGAUUUCAGCCGCCCAAACUUGGAGCGACCAAGCUUUGCCUAAAGCCGUAAUCUCCUCGUCAUCGCCCGAGUUUUAUGCGGAAGUCAUGGAUGAAGUGGGACAAAUCACAAUUGCCUUUACCAGAGUGUCAUUGGAUGAAGACGUCAACACUGUCUUCAAAACAAACCCUAACUCGAUUGCCCAUGUUGUCGAGCUCAACGGCAGAGUUCUGCAUGGCGCUGUUAGAGAACUUGCUGCCGAGAGCGUCGGGGGCCUCACGCCCCCAACUACCUUCUUCCUUCUCAACUUGUGUGUCGUGAACGGGGGGUUGAUAAAGAUAUCUCCUGCAAAAUUGGAUGGCCCGUGGCAGUGA